AUGGGAACCAAGGAUACAAAUGUUGAUCUCAGCCACACUCAUGAUCCUGAACAGGAAGCCACCAAGACCCGUACAGCAGUGAUUAGUAUCGAUGAUCAUUCCGAUUAUGUGGUUGAAUGGGCUCUUGAGAAUUUCAUUCGACCCGAAACUGAUAUGGUUGUCUUGAUCCAUGUUCGCCACCUGGAUGUCCCUGUAGCUCCUUACAUCAACCCCACAGGUUACAUCGAAGAUAACGAUGAAGUCGGCAGAGAGAGAAGUCAUCGUUUGCUCCGAGGCUUUGCCAAGGAACUUAAAAAGAGAAAUAUCCUCUGUCGUGCAAUUUCGAUAAUCGGUGAACCCAAGACUGAAAUUCUUCGUAAAACUCGCGAAGUAAAGGCUGAUGUAUUGAUUAUGGGUUCACGUAAACUCGGAACUAUCAAACGUACUUUGCUCGGAAGUGUUAGUGACCAUUGCGUUCACCACUGUACUUGUUCGAUUAUCAUUGCCAGUCCAAAAGAGGCUGAAGAGGCACCACAAAAGUCCCAUUCGUUCUUUUCAAAAUAA